GUAUGUUGACUGGUUGGUUACAACUUUUAAUGAGGAAUUGCCAGAUGAAAACUGGAGGAUACCAGACCCUCGUCCAUCUGCUGUUAGCGCUACAGCAGUGGAUAAUGGUGAUAAUGAUUAUCACAGGUUAGUUAAUACUGUAGAAAGAAAAAAAAAAGUGGACCUGCUUGCAGAAUGCAGAUUUGAUUUUCCAAAGCCAUUACAACAAGAAACAGAACUGAGUCUUGAGCUGGUGGGAAGUAAAAAUAGUAAGUCUGUUGAGCCUGAGUUACAUACCAAACGAAAUGAUCAAAGAUUAAAUUCGCAAUAA